UAGUGUUUUAUGUAACUCAUUUUUUUGGGGGGGCAGUUUUUUACUUAGUUCAUUAUCACAACCAUAUUCAUUAGUAAAGGUUUUGUUCAAAUUCUGCAUUAGGAUUUAACACCUAAGUAAACCAAAAUACAGUACAGUACAUAAAAAUAUGGAACUUCCAAACUUAGGCAAAUACUGUCAAGAAUCUUCAUGCCAACAGUUGGAUUUUCUUCCAAUUAAGUGUCAGUUUUGCAGUAACACUUUCUGCACUCGUCAUUUCUUGCCUCAAGAUCACCAAUGCUCUGGAGAUUACAGCAGACUCAAACUACAGGUGUCAGAUGUUAAUUACAGGUACCCAUGCCAGCAUCCAGGCUGCAAGAGUGGAGAACUUGCACCAGUAAUCUGUCCAGGCUGUUCCAAUAACUUCUGCCUUGCCCACAGACAUCAGAUUGAUCAUGGAUGUGCAGCUCACAAGCCUCCAGAAAAUUCAAUGGCUGAAGCAGCUGUUAAAAUUCAGAAAAUUACUGAAAGUCUGGACUCCACACCAGCUAAGGGAGGACAAGGAAGGAAGUCAGACAAAUUAUCAGCCAAGGUACAGUUGAUGAAAUUGAAGCAAAAGUCAUCUGGUGAUCAGAGUUUGCCACAGGAAGAGAGAGUGUACCUUAUGAUUCUCCUUCCUCAGAGUUAUAAUGCUACACAACAACCAAUAUUUGUAUCACGACACUGGACAGUUGGAAAAGCCAUAGAUGUUGCUGCUAAUAUUGCCAAGGUGAAAAAUGACAAUAAUAUUUUGGGUGCAGAUAAAUUAAUGUUCUUCCAUGAAAGAGAUGGUUCUCUGCUUGGCUCAAUGGACCAGACAUUAAAAUCACUUCUUGAUGACCAGCAAAUGUAUAAUGGACAAACAGUUAUAUUGGAGUACAUACAUGGCAGUGCUUAAAUACUAUACUUGUAUAAAAAUGAAGAGUAAGUUUGUAUCAGCAUGUGAUUGUAGGAUAUUUUCUAUAAAAAGAUGCCAGCUCACUUUACACAAAAUGUUUGAAGUAUUUCUCAGUGUUAAGAAACAUAUACUAUGCACUUAGGUGAAGUGCAUAAAGGUUUAUUAAAUUAGCAAUAAGUAAGACAUAUUUGAAUGUGCAUCGAGUCAAACUGAUGCCUGCGAGGGGUCCUUCAUUUAAGUUAUCGAACCAGCUCUCCUAGGAUUAAACCUGAUUGCCCCAGGGGCUGUAUGACCUAGGGAUUUAGUGCCCAUCCCCCUCUACUAAAUAUAAUAGUUGGACAUUGCAUUGGGAAGCGCUAAAGCCAUGGGGGUCAUGUGCUGCCUCGUUUCCUUCAAUUAUUCUGGAUCAUCUCGACUAUUUGUCAGUACACGUAUCUUGUGUAUAUGUAGGAUUGAUGCUGAUUUUCAGAUGUUUAAUCAUGGCUCUCUUACUUUGAUUUCCUAAUAAUUUUUUGCAUCCACCCUGUGCACUUUCAUCCUGCACCAUAAACCACUCCUAUCAACAUCAUGUUUGGGAGACUGCACUAUCCUGCCUACAUAUCAGCUUGGAACUGCUGUGCGACAGCUGUUAGGUUAUAUUUUCAGAUCGCCAUAUCUUUUAACAAUGUCCUGUAUCAGCGAGCAUGCAGAAUUCAGUUUCAACAUCCCCAAUACCCCAACACUUAAUUACACCGACCUUGUUGAAAGUCCCACCUUUGAAGCAGGUCAUACAAUACAGCAGGUCCCUCCUGCUGUACUGUAUGACCCUUUUGGGUUGAAUGCUUAAUUUGAUUAUGCAUUCCAGUUUUGUUAUGGUCAUCCUUUCAGCAUGUGGAGCUGGUGGUUAACGCUCUCGCUUCACACGGUGAGGGCCUGGGUUCGAUUCCCAGCCAGAGUAGAAACAUUGGACGUGUUUCUUUCAACCUGUUGUCUAUGUUCCCCAUCAGUAAAAUGGGUACCUGGGUGUUAGUCAACUGGUGUGGGUUGCAUCCUGGGACACUGACCUAAGGAGGCCUGGUCACAGACCGGGCCGCGGGGGCGUUGACCCCCGGAACUCUCUCCAGGUAAGAAUUGGGAGCUUUCCAAGAGUAUUAUUAUAUUAAAUGGAACAGAGCAUUACUAAAAUAGAGCUAAACUUAAACACCAAUUGUAAUUAUUACGUAUAUUAACAAAGCACUAAACCCACACAACUCAGUGCUCCAAUAAUAGUGAUAUGAAAGCAACACAGUCUACUAAUCAUUCAAGGGAGGUUUCUUGAGGCUGAUGAGAAGCUCUUGAGCAUAGGUCCUGAAUGCCUUCUAUUUCCCCAGGCACUGUAUGACUUCCAUGAAUAUAAUAGUUAAGUGAGAAUAGGCAGUUAAAGCAUGUGCACAAAAUUUGUUUACCUUUAAAUUAAAAAUUACAGAAAAUA